CGAAGAGACUAAAAACCCAGUUCGGUUAUUAUGAAGGGCAAAACCCAUCACCAGAACGGCAAUGGCGGCAGCUCAAGCGACACGUCACCGAGCCCGCCUCCGUCGCCGCGCCGCCGCUCCGGCAGCCUCUCAUUCUGCCGGCGCCGCCUGAGGUCGAAGUCGUUCUCCGGCGGCGCUUUUUUCCGCAGGAAACUUCGCUACUUGCUGGUACUCCCGAUGCUGUACGUGUCCGGGCUGAUCAUGUGCGUGGGCCCCUUCUCCGCCCUGGUGGGCCACUCCCCACCUCCUCCCGGGUCGGUCUACCGAAGCCACCAGAUGUUCCAGAAGCUCUGGGAUGAUAUUCACUCCGAUAAUUCUUCCGCAAUUCAGCUUUCCUCAGUGUGGAGUUACAGAAGGAGACUGAAAGAGCAGAAGCCCUGUCCCAAUUCAACUGCUGGACAACUCUUUGAUUCCUCAGGCCCUAGUGGCUACUUGGUUGUUGAGGCUAAUGGUGGACUUAACCAGCAGCGAUCUGCGAUCUGCAAUGCGGUCGCUGUUGCUGGACUUUUGAAUGCAAUUCUAGUAAUUCCUCAAUUUGAGUUCAAUAGUGUUUGGAGGGAUUCAAGUAAGUUUGCUGACAUCUAUGAUGAAGAUCAUUUCAUUUCCACUCUUGAGGGCUAUGUUAAGGUUGUUAAAGAGCUACCUCAGGACUUGAUGGAGAGAUACGAUUAUAACAUUAGUAAGAUACCAAACUUCCGCGUCGAAGCUUGGGCUUCUGCCAAUUAUUACACCGGAGUCGUUUAUCCCGUCCUGAGAAGUCAAGGGAUUAUUCGGAUGUCGCCCUUUGCUAAUAGAUUGGCUAUGAAUGUCCCACCACACAUUCAAUUUCUAAGAUGUCUAGCUAAUUAUGAAGCAUUGAGGUUUUCUGCUCCGAUUUUGGCUCUUGGAAAGACAUUAGUUAGUCGUAUGGCCAAAAAGAGCCCAACAACCGGUGGAAAAUACAUCUCUGUCCAUCUUCGGUUUGAGGAGGAUAUGGUGGCCUUCUCGUGUUGUUUGUAUGAUGGGGGAGAGGCUGAAAAGUCGGAGAUGGAUUCAAUUAGAGAAAAAGGGUGGAAGAAGAAAUUCAAGCGAAAAGAUCGUGUUAUUUCACCUGGUCAAAACCGAGUUGAAGGGAAAUGUCCACUAACCCCAUUGGAGGUCGGAAUGAUGCUCCGGGGUAUGGGAUUCGAUAACAACACUUCCAUCUACUUGGCCUCGGGAAAAAUAUACCAGCAAGAGAAACGUCUAGCUCCUCUGCUAAAGAUGUUUCCCUACGUGCAUACGAAGGAGGAUCUUGCAUCCGCAGAUGAGCUUGCUCCUUUUCAGGGAUAUUCUUCGAGAUUGGCGGCUUUAGACUAUACAGUAUGCUUGCUUAGUGAGGUUUUCGUAACAACUCAAGGUGGGAACUUCCCACAUUUUCUAAUGGGUCAGCGGCGAUUUCUCUAUGCCGGACAUGCCAGGACAAUCAUACCUGAUAAGCGCAAGCUUGUUGUUCUAUUAGAGGAUAGGAAUAUAAGUUGGCAAGGUUUCAAGGAUGAAAUGGAAGCAAUGCUAGCUGAAAGCGACCGCAAAGGAAUGAUAAUACCAAGAGUGAAAAAGAUAAACAGAAAAUCUUCUGUAUACACUUACCCUUUGCCGGAAUGCAGGUGUCUACAGCAGAGGCAUAACACACAAGUAGACCUGCUUACGCAUUCUUGAUGUUCGCGUCAUGCUUCAUAAUUUCUCAGUUGUGCUUUCAAACCAAUCUUAUACUUCGCCCAUGGGAAGUCGGUUCUUCUCUCGUGUGGUUUAUACUCUUGUUCCAUUGCUCGUCAAGACGAUGCCGGCAAAGGUAGAUGUGUUCGUAAUUGUACAGGAAAUUGUGCAGAUUGAUCACUAGAGAAACUCGUUUUUUUUUUUUUUGCGCAUUAGUUUUUCUUGUGAAUGAUGUUGGAUCUCUUUCUUGCACCGGCUAAAGCUUGUCAGUAAGCAGAGAUGAACUUGGAGUUGGUAUUUUUUUUCCUUGUGGAUAUUCAGAAUUUUCUUGUCCAUUUGGAGAUGGAUUUCUGGUUCUGGUCUAAUGGGGCUUGGUGUAGAAACACUACGGAUUUGUGUCUUUGUAGCAAGGGUGUAACACUUCUUUAUCCUUACAGUUUUAUUUGUCGUUUUUGUAAGCUUAAGAAAAGCAAUUUUGGUUAACAAAGAGCAAGGAACAUCGUCUUGAGGAGGCCAAAAUGUGAAAAUUUGACACCAUUUUGCAUCUACAUGUCUCAUCCACGAA